AAAACUCACACCAAAACAAUCUAGAUGGAUAAAUAGCACUACAGCUGACAGCAGAGGUAGAGAGAUAAGUCUGAUGGAGGAGAAAGAAGCUGAUUAUAUGCAACAAAGUGCACAGCACAGUGUUCCAGCCAGCCACAGUCUGCACACAAACCACUUCCUCUAUCUGAAGCAAAGUGAAGAAGAAGAAGAAGAGAGAGGGCAGGGGGGAAGUAGGACCAUGAAGAAAUGGAUAGAGGCAAGCAAAGCAGCUGAUAGAGGAUUCCUUGACUGCUUCAAUAUCGACACAAAGAAACACAGGAUCAUCAAAGGCCCUAAACAAGCUCAGUUUGGAUACACUGUUCAGCAACACGUGGCUGCUGGAGGGGAAAAGUGGUUAUUAGUGGGUGCUCCGUAUGAAAUGAAUGGCCCUUACCAGACAGGGGAUGUUUAUAAAUGUUCACUGAGCAGACGAACCAAUCCCAAUGGUUGCUCCAAGCUCAACUUAGGAAGGAUAUCUCUGACCAACGUAUCAGAGCGAAAGGACAAGAUGAGGCUGGGAAUGACGCUCACAUCUAACCCUAAAGACAACAGCUUUGUGGCCUGUGGGCCAUUAUGGUCCUAUGAGUGUGGCAGCUCUUACUACAGCACUGGCAUAUGCUCCAGAGUCAAUGCAAGCUUCAAGUUCUCCAGAACGAUUGCGCCUGCCUUUCAGAGAUGUGAGACCUAUAUGGACAUAGUGAUCGUUCUGGAUGGAUCAAACUCCAUCUACCCCUGGUAUGAAGUGCAGGCUUUUCUCAUCAACAUUCUUCAGAAGUUCUAUAUUGGACCAGGUCAAAUACAGGUUGGAGUCGUUCAGUAUGGUGAGAAGGUGGUCCAUGAAUUCAAACUCAGUGACUACAAAUCUGUUGAAGAAGUGGUGAAAAGAGCUCGCAGUAUCAACCAACGGGGUGGAGAGGAAACCAACACAGCUCUUGGCAUCAACGUUGCACGCUCACAAGCUUUCAAACAAGGAGGUCGGCGCGGUGCCAAGAAGGUGAUGAUAGUGAUAACUGAUGGAGAGUCACAUGACAGUGCUGAUCUCCAGCAAGCCAUUGAGGACAGUGAGAAGGACGGCAUCACCCGUUAUGCCAUUGCUGUCCUCGGCUACUACAACCGUAGAGGAAUCAACCCUGAGGCCUUCCUCAAUGAAAUCAAGUAUAUUGCCAGCGACCCAGAUGACAAACACUUCUUUAAUGUGACAGAUGAGUCAGCGCUGAAGGAUAUUGUGGAUGCACUUGGAGAACGCAUCUUCAGUUUGGAAGGAACCAGUAAGAAUGGGACAGCGUUUGGCCUCCAGAUGUCUCAGGCUGGAUUUUCCGCACACAAUGUCGAGGAUGGUAUUCUGGUGGGUGCUGUUGGUGCUUACGAUUGGAAUGGAGCAGUGCUGAAGGAAACACGACAGGGGAAGGUGGUCCCUCCCAAGUCUUCCUACACACAGGAGUUCCCCGAAGAGCUCAAAAACCACGGUGCCUACUUGGGUUAUACUGUGACGUCUGUGGUGUCGGCCAGAAACGGUCGUCUACUCGUAGCAGGAGCUCCACGAUUUAACCACACUGGCAAGGUCAUCAUCUUCACUCUGAAGAACUCGGGCAACCUCACCAUCCUGCACUCCCUCAAAGGCCAGCAGAUUGGCUCCUACUACGGCAGUGAGAUUGCACCGGUGGAUAUUGAUGGAGACGGUAUAACUGACAACCUUUUGGUGGCAGCACCCAUGUUUUUCAGUGGAGGCUUGGAGAAGGGAAAGGUCUAUAUCUACAGAGUGACAGAGCUGAAUCGUUUCGUCCUUGAAGGGGCGUUGGAAAUCCAUAAUGGUGGCCAGAACGCUCGCUUUGGCUCAUCGCUGGCUCCUGUCCCUGAUCUGAACGGUGACGGCUUCAAUGACUUGGUGGUGGGAGCCCCACUGGAAGAUGACCACAAAGGAGCCAUUUAUGUUUUCUUUAGCCAGCACAACCGAAUACUACGCAAAUACAAACAGAGGAUAGCAGCAGCAGAUUUGGCUCCUGGCCUGCAGUACUUUGGCCGCAGUAUCCAUGGCACAAUUGACAUGAACAAUGAUGGUUCAGUGGACCUGGCAGUAGGUUCCCUUGGUGCUGCUGUUCUCCUUUGGUCACAGAGUGUUGUCCGAAUAUAUACCACUGUCAGGUUUGAGCCCAGUAAGAUCAACAUCUUUGUGAAGGACUGUCAGAGAGGUGGCAAAGACGUGACCUGUAUGUCAGCCAUUGUAUGUUUCAACAUCACUGCCAGAACAGCCAUUCCUCCCACACAGGAAAUUGGGAUCAAAUAUAAUGUCUCCAUUGCGGAGAGACGUUUCAAUCCCCGUGCCAUACUGGACAACCCGAACAAGCUGCAGCCUCAAAACCUGACCCUCCUUCCUGGAGAAGAGAUCUGCGAGUACAUCUACUUCCACGUAAUGGAGACCACAGACUAUGCAAGGCCUAUAGUGUUUUCUGUGCAAGUGGGGCUACAAGAUCCAGACCACGGACCAGUUCUAGAUGACAGCUGGCCUACUGUUGUGAGGACUGAGCUGCCCUUCUGGAACGGCUGUGACGAGGAUGACCGCUGCAUACCUGACCUGGCACUGCAGAGUAUGACCGACCUGAUGACUCGAAGUCAGUUCUGUGCGCAGCCUGUACAGUCUCGUGGUGCUUUGUGUCGCCAUCUAAGUGAAGGAGGGGCCGAGGGAUCUCUGCGGGUUCUAGAGGGAAACAGGAGGAGGAUGGUGGUGGAUGUUCGAUUGGAGAACAAAGGAGAGAACGCCUACAAUGCUUGCCUGAACAUCACCUACACACCCAAUCUACGCUUCUCUAGCCUCAUAGUCAAGGACAACUCUGACAUCAAAAUAGAGUGUUUCAUUGAGGACAAACUAAGGAAUGAGAAGAUCUGCAAUGUCAGUGCUCCAUUCAUGAGGGCCAAAACUCAGGUAUCGUUUCGUCUGGAGUUUGAGUUCAGUCGUACUGUCUUCCUAGAGCACGUCAGAGUUAUCCUGGAGGCCGGCAGUGAUGGCGAGGAAAUGAGCACAGCCGAUAAUUUCAAUGAUAUCUAUUACUCACUGAAAUACGAGGCAGACCUUCUCUUCACUAGGGAUUCAAAUCCGACUCGGUACGACAUCAAAUCAGAGCUGUCUCUGGAGGAGCCUGGAGUUAUCGGUCCUCCUUUCAACUUCACUUUUCAGAUCCAGAACCUUGGCUACUUUCCAGUAAAGGAUCUGCAGCUGAACAUUGAAAUCCCAGAAAUGACGAAAAAUGGGAACCAACUCCUGCAGAUAUCUGACUUCCGUAUUGACCAGAGAGAUGGUACGCACUGUUUACCACCUCAGCAUGUGGCACAGAGCAGGUCGUCACCUGAGGACCUUUCACGAUUCUCCCGCUUGAACCAGUCCAACACCCUAACUCUGCCAAUCCAAUGCACUGUCAAUGUGGCUUCCUACAGAGAAAUUGCAGUUAGAAUCACAGGAGCACUACGAAUAGAUACCUUACAUGCACUGAAGUUUAAAAUCUUGGAACUGGUAACCAGUGCAUCAGUGGAGCUCCCCUCCUCCAGCCCCAUGUUUUUACAUGAAGAGAGGCCUGUCAGACAUAUAAUAUUGGAGAUCAGGAAGGAGGGAGAUUACAGAAUCCCUACCUGGAUUAUCAUUGGUAGCACGCUGGGAGGACUCUUAUUGUUAGCCCUGCUCAGUCUCGCUCUAUGGAAGCUCGGCUUCUUCAGGAGGCAGAAGCGGAGAGACGAGGACGAGCAGGAGGCAAACGGGAAAGUGGCUGAAGAACGGUAACGCAGGCUGAGGGCCCCCAGCAGACACCUUUUCCACAGGGGACCCGACACUCAGGGACCAACCCACCUCCCCCUGCUCCCCAAUACCACAGUGGCACCGCAUAGACAGCUCCGCAUGACGCAAGGCUUGUUCAGUGCACUGGAUCUGUCCCACGCCACAACCCCUGACCCCCAAGAGUCAGCACUGUGUCACAUUCACUUAGCAUUCCUGCACUGUUGCGACAUUAGGGCCUUCUUUGUCUAUGUAUUCCACUGCCCUCCAUGUCGUCCCAUCACAGAUCUUUGAGCUCUCGUUUUCUUGGCUUCAGGCUGGAGCUCUGUUGCUUUUACUGGCCGUUUGAAAAGAAGAAUAGAGCGAGCUUUGAACGAUCUGUUCCAAGAAUUUCAGGCCACAAUUUGCCCUUGAGGCAAGCGUUAGCCAAUCACUCUUUUGUCUUCUUGAUGUAUAUUUAUUUAACUCUUAUGGUAAAUUUUGAAAUACAUGAAAAACCUCAAGGGUGACUUGCCACCCAAUUGUAAAGUUACUAUACUGUAUAUUGAAUUCGAUGUUUAAAAGAUUUUAUCCGCAACAUGUUCAGCACACUUGCAUAAUAAUUUAUGAAGAAACAAAACUGAACUAAAGUCUCCAGAGUACAAAGAAGUACAAAGAAACUUUUUUUGAUCUUCUUCUACAGAGAAGAAUCUUCUAAACCUGCAUACUCUCUUAAGAGUUCACUCCUUUUAAUAUUUUCAUCCUGGAAAACAUGCAGGAUGAUCUUUAAACAUUUGAUGCACUUUCACUUUGUACAAAAUUAACUUGAAUUUUGUAAAUAGUCAAGUACCUUUUUAUACCCUUUCAAAUAUUAGAAUGGUUUUCAGUAUUUUCCACAUGGUUUGUAGCAUUACUUUGUAACUUAAGCAACAAGGCAAAUGAAACAAGCCAGCUUUGUGUUACUGAACCUGUUACGAGUCGUUGCAUGCCUUUUAACAUGCACUGCAUCAGAGCAAAAGGAUGUGCAUACAAUACUGCAGGCAGCAUGGAUUUCAAAAAAGUAAUUCUUAUGAAGAACUGUGACUAAAUGAUAAUCGGAUGCCAUAAAAAUGAGUCCAGUAAAUGCACAUUGCUUGCAGUAUGUCAGCACUCUCCUGGUGUUACCAACGAAUGUCAGUUUGUCCUGUUUGAUGAGGUGUGAUCGAGCUGUAAUAGCCUAUAAAUAAAACAUUGUACAUGAGUGUCUUUUUAAUGAACACCUGAGGAGUUUCAACUGCAGUAAAGGAGGCCUGGAGAAGCAA